CGUCCUGACGCUGACGCCUUGUGUUACUCCGUCCCGCCCCGCCUGUAUCUCGGCGGCAAUUGCUCGUUUAUUCGCUUAGUGACUUUCCCGCCGACUUCUACUCAUCUUGCUACAUCCAACUCUAACGACAAAGUCACCGAUCAUCGGCAGCUGAUUGCUCGUCACUGUUAUCGUUCGCUUCCGAAUUUGUACUAGUCGUAAUAGUAUAAAGAAAACCGAAAAGUGCUGCCAUCGUAGAUUGCGUAGCCUGACAAUCAAUCGUCAACUUGCUCGUUAUGCCGAGCUCUUUGAGCGCAUUUGCAUCAUGGCGUUAAAGUUGAAAGUGAAACUCUCGCUAUCGAAGUCCCGUUACACUUUCGUGUUCCCUGCCGUGGGCGCCGAGUUCGAUCCCACGACCAUGAAACAGCACACUUGGCAAGAAAUGAGCUCACAGAUCGAUAUCGAUGAGCCGUCGAUUGAGGAGAAGAGAGUGGCCAAGCUUGUCAAGCUUUGCCUCUUUCCAGCGUUGUACGCCUAUCCGAAGACGUCCCCUGAAUAUGCUUCUAGGCCAUUAGAGAUUGAUAUGAAAAGCCAACUUGUAGACUAUCGCAAUUUCUUCGUCGAUGAUGGAGAAUUGACCACGGGGGAACCUAUUAUAGUAUUUAAGGCUCUGGUGCAGUUGUGACCCUAUCUGUGAUAUCGGGUAGGAACGAAUGCCAGGUGUUUGACGGCCGAGCAUUGGUUCAAGGGAAGAACUUCCUCACACCCAGCAAGGCAGGCAUGGCAUAAAAGUGAGCAGAUUCCAGUAAUGGUUGAGUCUGAUUGUGGCUAUAUCUACGAGCUAUCAAGAUGUAUCCACUCUUUGGUAGUG